AUGGGCAAAGAGGAGAUGAUUAAAGGUGUGCUGUAUGUUGUGAAUGUGCUAUACGCGGUGUUCGGUUUAGUGACUGCUGCCACGGGAAUAUGGUUCUUCGUGCAACUAUCCGAAUUCGUAGCGUUGCGAAACAGCAACCACUACUUAUUGGACUAUCGAGUUUACUGGCCUCAAGUGGCACCAUGGCUGUUUAUACUCCUCGGUUUAUUUGUGAUGAUGGUGUCAUUCUGUGGAUGGUGCGGCGCUAACAAGGAAAGCAGAGGAUUACUCGGUAUUUAUGGCUUAUUUAUGGUGCUCAUCGUUGUUGGACAAGCAAUUGCUGCCACUCUGAUUUUCGUCUAUGUUGAUGGAGAGCAUACAGACCGUUUCAUAAAGGACACAGUGUACGAUGGAUAUUACAACUCUCAGUCAAACCCUGAUGUCUUCAAGGCCUUCGGAAGGAUCGAAAGGAAAUUGAGAUGCUGUGGGGCAAACGAUGCGCGUGAUUACAGGAGCUGGAGGAACGACCUUCCAUUGACGUGUUGCCAGGACAGCUAUUACAGAGCUACUUGUGAAUUCACCGAUAAGGAAGCUAAUGAAAGACUAGGUUGUGGUAAGGUAGCUGCUGUAUACACUAAAAUUAUCUGUUCAUCCGUUGCUGGAGCGUCGCUGUUGAUAUCAUUGGUGGAGAUCGCUGGUGUGAUUCUUGCCUAUAAGCUAUUUCAUUCGCUGAGAGAAGUCGAGCACUAUUUGCCGGAACGAAAAGAGGGGGAAACUGAAUGCUAA